AUUAAAAUGAAAGUAGGAAAAUCAAUAUGGCUCUUUUUAUUGUUCAUAGAAUGCAUAGUGUCAGACGAAUUCCACGAUAAAUUUCAGGAGAAAUUUGAUUGGAUUGAACAAAAAGUUGAUAAUUUUAAUGCCAGUGACAAUAGAACAUGGAAAAUGAGAUAUUCUUACACCAAUCGUUAUUUCAAGCCCGGAGGUCCUAUAAUGAUUAAUGUGGGAGGUGAAUGGUCGAUUUCUAUGAAGGCUACUCUAUUGGGUUUAUUCUAUGAGAUGAUUGAAGAAUUUCAAGGUUAUGGUUUUAAUACCGAACAUCGUUAUUAUGGUAAAAGUUUUCCCGUGGCAGAUUUAAGUAUAGAAAAUUUAAAAUAUUUGAGUACGGAACAAGCUCUGGCCGAUUUGGAUUACUUUAUUAAGUACCAAAAAUCAAAAAUAAAAGGUCUGAGCAACUCAAAAGUCAUUAUGGUUGGCUGUUCAUAUGCUGGGGGUAUGGUAACAUGGUUCCGCAGAUACUAUCCGCAAUCCAUAGACGCUGGUUGGGCAUCUGGAGCGGCUCUACAUCAUGCUUUAGACUAUAGUGAUGGUCUAAUUAGUGUGGGUAAAUCGAUUAGAAAGAUUUGCGGUGAUUCUGGUUACAAUCUUGUGGAAAGGAUGAGUCUGUCUUACUGGGAUCACAAGAGACAAAAUGAUUCAACUUAUUUAGAACUAGAAGCUAAGAAUCUAACUAUACAUAUGGAACAUAUUACUGAAAUAUUUUCCACGGAAGUGCAACAUCGUAAUUUUACCUACAUGAAAGGCAUUUGCCGCAACUUGACCUCGCCAAGGAACGACGAUAUAUUUAAAUUUUCCGAAUUCCUCGGUUAUCUGGCCACAAAAAUUCCACAUCUUUAUAGUUUUGAUAAUGCAGAUAGUUUAAAGGUUGAUGAAAAUACUUUCGGACGUCAAUGGCUCUGGCAAAGUUGCAAUGGAAUGGGAGCUUUUAUGAGCACAUCAUCGGUUCAUCAACCAUUUGGCCAAUACAAGAUGCCCUUCACGGAGGUUAUUGGCAAAUGUAAAAAACAAUUUGGUCCCAAAUAUACCAUUGAUUACGUCAGUAGUUUGGUCGACAACACAAAUAUUCGUCAUGGUGGCUAUGAGCCAAAUGUAACACACAUUUAUUUCACUCAUGCCGAGGAUGAUCCUUGGAAAUAUACUGGAGUUCACGAUGAACGAGCCACCAUAAUACCAGGCAUUGGUCAUUGCCAUGAUUUGAGGCAACGCAAUGUGAAAGAUUGGCCUCUUACACGAGCGGCCAAAGAACACGGUGUCGAACUAAUGCGCCAAUGGAUCAAUGGGAAAUAAAUGGAAAAAUAGUUUGUUGUAAAUCAAUUGUCAAUCAGUUUUUCAAAUACAUGGCGUCAAUUCAAGA